AUGUCGUUUAUUCAAGAGCUUGUACGUGAAUUACAAGCAGAUCUUGAUGCUUUGUGUAUUUCACCUUUUAGUAAUUUCGAAGCAUCAUAUAAACAAAUAAGACAACCAGAGAAACCAGAAACUACAAAAAUUAAAACUACUGUUACCCCAUCUAUAAAUACUACAAACAAUGAUAAAAGUUAUAAUAACUUAAAUCCUGUUGAAAUUUACAAUGAAUAUUCUGAAUUCUUAAAAAAAUCAAUUUACAGUAUGCAACUAGAAGAAGGAACAAUUCCAAGUUUGAAAAAAAUACAACAACAAUUGGACAUGCUAAUCUUAUUUGUUCCCUGA